UAAGAAAGACACGUUACAAAGUUUCUUUCUAGAUUACCGUUAGUUAAAAAUUAAAAAUUAAAAAUUUGAAUUUGAAUACAAUGGUCCUGAGAUAAGCGAGUCAAGAAGAGAUUGGAAAGCAGAAGAAGAAGAACUUUAGUCGGAGUAAGAAACGAAAAGAAAGCUGGCAUGUUAAAUCAAUAAUAAAUAUUGAUUCAACUCUUAUGGAGAAGGUUUCAGAUUGGUGUAUUGAUCCAACUGCUUAAUUAAAUAAGAGCCAAAGGUUAGAACAAUGCCCAAGAGGGCGGCCGCCAACACCCCGGCGAAACCCAGGAAGCGGGGACGCCAAGCGAAAAACAAGGAAGGCGCUGGCGAAGAUGUUGGAGAGAAUGACGAGGACUUACUUCAUCAGAUGAAAAGACGUGCAAUCAUCGAAGCUAAAGAUGAUGAAGAAGACUGGGUUCGUGAAAUGGAAAAGGAAGAGGGUGGGCAUUACUUGGAGGACAUUUACAUCCCUCCAAAAAUCACUCGAACGGAGCAUCCCUUCACCGGAGAACGUUUAGUGAUUGAGAAGAUUGUUUGCGAGAACUUUAAAAGUUAUGGAGGAAUUAAAGAGAUGGGACCCUUUCACAAGUCAUUCUCUGCCAUCAUUGGGCCCAACGGGAACGGAAAGAGUAACAUAAUUGACGCCAUGCUGUUCGUGUUUGGAUAUCGGGCAUCUAAAAUCCGCUGCAAGAAAGUAUCCACUCUAAUUCACACGUCAGAGUUGCUUCCUGAUCUCAGAAGCUGUGCUGUCACUGUUCACUUUUUUAAAAUCAUUGACGACGGGGAUAAAGUGAAAGAGGGGGCGGACGACUUUCAGAUUGUGGAGGGGUCAAGAAUCGCAGUUAGGAGGAAAGCAUUCUCGGACAAUAGUUCCAAAUACUAUUUGAAUGGAAAGACUGUCAAAUUCCAAGAAAUUGCAAAAUUUCUCAAGUCCAAUGGUGUGGAUUUGACACAUAAUCGGUUUCUUAUUUUGCAAGGAGAAGUAGAGCAAAUUGCUCAGCUACCACCGAUUGGCUCUAAUGGAAAUGAUGGCUUAUUAGAGUUUUUGGAAGAUGUAAUUGGCACCCGUCGUUACAUACGUCCCUUGGCUCAAUUAGAGGAACGAGUAGAAAAGUUGGAUUAUGAACGUGACGAGAAAUUGCAACGAGUGGACAAGGCAGAAAAAGAAAAGGCUGCUUUAGCUGAACCUGUCAGAAAGGCAAAGGAAUAUCUUCGAGAUCAAAAUGCAAAAAUGCGCUACCAAAAUAUUCUUUUUCAAAAACAAAAGUACACGGCGAAGCAGAAAGUGGAGGAGAAGGAAAAAAUCAAGCUGGAGUUGGAAGUAAAGAUUAAAACUUUACAGAUACGUCUCGACGAAAUCCUUUCCACCAAUCAAAAAAGAAAAGAAGAGACAAAGAAAGCAGAAGUUGAAUACAAAACUGCAGAGAAAGAAUAUGCCAAGGUGAAGAAAAAGUUUGAUGCUGCUGACGCCGAAUUUAUCCAACUUAAUCAAGAGUUGCAACGGCUAAACGAAACACGUAAAAAACAUUUGAAAGAAGUCACAAAGUUACAGGAAGACAUCGAAAGACAAAUCGGAAUCCCAGCUACUCACAACAGGGACAUUGAGCAGUUGACAAAACGACAGUUGGAUUUGGAUACGGACAUUGAAAAAGAAGAACGUUCCGUCAAAUCAGACUUGGAAAAAUUGAACAUAAAAGUUGAAGAAGCUCUGAAAAUGAAGGAAAUUACGGACAAGCAGUUUGCUGAACAAAAAGCUGUACGGGAUGAAAAGAAAGCUGUGAUGGACAAGCUUAAGAAACAAUUGGGCAAUUCAAAAGAGCGUGAGGGAGUCGAAAAGCAGAAAUUGAAUCAAAUGGAAGAAGACCUCGAGAAAUUGAAGGAAACUAUUAGCAAAAAAGACAAGGAAGCAAGAACCAGUUUGGGAAAUAACAAGAUAGCUACGCUGGAGGGGAAACUAGAGCAAUUGAUCAGCGAGGAGACUCAACUUCAGGAGGUGGAAGCUGGAAAAAGAACUACAUUCGAGCAGGCGAGAGACGAGUAUCAAACGGCUCAAGAAGCAUUGGAGGGUAACAAUCAAAUGGAUAAGGUUGAUCGUGCCUUACUCGAAGCGAAAGCUGAUGGGACACUUGCCGGGCUGUACGGAAGGUUAAAGAACUUGGCAAAAAUUCCGGAAAAAUACAACAUUGCUGCAACUGUGAGCACCGGACAACUUGAGCACUGGAUUACUGAUAAUGAUGACACGGCCGGAAAAUGCAUUGAGUUUUUGCGAGCAAAUGAUCUCCCAUUUCAAAACUUUGUAUGCCUCAGCCGACUACAUAACUAUGUUCGACAGGCGAAAGAACGAUUUGACACACCGAACCAGUCUCAUCGUAUUUUUGACUUGUUAGAUAUUAGUGAUCGGGAUCUUAUUCCUGCUUACUACAAAGCGUUCAGAAAUACUUUGGUUGCUGAUAAUAUAGACAUUGCUACAAAAGUUUCUUAUGGUGGAAGCCGAAGACAUCGAGUCGUAACAUUGAAAGGAGAAAUUGUAGAAGUCACUGGAUCCCUUGUUGGCGGAGGAAGACCAAUAACAGAAGGGAAACUGAACUCUAAUCGGUCAGGUAUUACAGUUACUAAACAGCAGUUGGCUAAUUUAAGGAAACGCCACGACGAUGCUCUCCAACACUAUCAAAAGGCACAAGAAACUCGUCAAGCAGCAACGCAAAACGCACGAAAACUCAGCGAAGAGAUUGAAGAAAUUAAACGCAAAUUGAAUAAUUUCACUUCGGAUAUGGCCGCACUGAAGGCACAACUUCCCUUGAAGCAAGCCAACGUUGAAACUCAGAGUAAAAAAGUGAAGGAUGUAGCCCUCACUCCUGCUGUCCUAAAAGCGAAAGAGGCUGAAAUUGAGCAAGCCGUCAGUGAAUUCGACGAAUUGCUAGAAGCAUUCCAAGAGGCAGAAGAAAAUGCUAAUCGAAUUAAUCAAAAAGUUCAUGAUCUCCAAGUCAUAAAGAAGAAAGAAAUCACAAAGAAAUUAGACAAGUUCAAAGAGCAGAGAAAGAAAGUUGAAGAGGAGCUUAACAAGAAGAUCGUCGAGUUGAAAAAUUGCGAGACUAACCGCAAAAAGUCGGAAAAGAAGCUGGAAUCUCUUCAACAAGAAAUUGUUAAUUUGCAAAACACAAUGGAGAAGAAGAAUGAAAGGAGAAAGAAGGUGGAAUCUGAAGCCAAGGAAAUUAAAGAUCUAGACGAAGGGCUCUCAGCAAGAGUGAAGGAAACUAAAAAAAUAUUCGACGAGUUAAAUUCACACUCUCAUGAAAAUCAAAAAGAAGAGAAUACGUUAACAAAACAAAAACUCUCUCUUGAGAACCAACAUCAAGACGCCGCUAAUGAGAUGAAAGGAUGCCAAACAUAUCUCAAAAAUGUGGACGAUUCGAGAAGCAAAUUAAAGUUGCAUGAUAUUCCAGAAGAAGACGUUGAGCAAUUUAAAGAAUUCACGGACAAUGAAAUCCGGGCAUAUCCUGUGCCAGAACUGGAGAGAAAAAUUCAAAAGUAUUCAGAAAAAAUUAAAAGUAGACCUACUCCGAAUUUGAAUAUUUUGGACGAAUACAGAGAUAAGAUUGAGACAUUACUGGAACGGAUCAAAGAAUUGGACAUGAUCACAACCCAAAGAGAUAAAUUUCGAGAAGCCUACUGCCUGCUGGACCAACAGCGAUCUACGGAAUUCAUGGAAGGAUUUGCUUUAAUUUCAUCACGUUUGAAGGAAAUGUUCCGGAUGAUAUCAAUGGGCGGAGACGCUGAACUGGAAGUUGUGGACACGCUAGAUCUCUUUGGCUGCGGGAUUAAUUUCUCGGUAAGACCGGCACGGAAGACAUGGAAAAAGAUUUCCAACUUGUCUGGUGGAGAGAAAACCUUGUCGUCACUUUCUCUGGUUUUUGCCUUGCAUCAUUUUAAACCCAGCCCUUUUUACGUCAUGGAUGAAAUUGAUGCUGCCCUGGAUUUUAAAAAUGUAUCAAUUAUUGCGAAUUACAUUAAGGACCGAACAAAGUUUACCCAAUUUAUCAUCAUUUCGCUGCGUUCCAACAUGUUUGAACUGGCCGACAGUCUUCUCGGUGUUUACAAAGUGGACAAUAUGUCGUACUGCAUUCACUUUGGUGUGAAAAAGAUUGUUGCUGAACUUCGACGUAAGAUUGACAGAGCGCGAAAUCCAUUGGCAAGCCAAGGACAAGGGAAUACUGGUCCUUCUACGAAAGAACUCCAAUCCCAAGACGUUCCAGCGUCACAAGUUCCUCCAGUGCAAAACAAUUCUCCUAUCGCCGGCACAAGCAAAGCUGCAAUGUUGGAACUAAUGCAGCAGCAGCAAAAUAGGACGAGAAAGUUUCCAAGAAUUGAUUUAUCAGCAAUCAUCGAUGAGGAUGUACAAGUUGACGUCGAAGAAGAAGAAGAAGAUGGUGAAGAGGAGAAUCAUUCCCAUUUACCAAAAAGUCCGACAGUUAUAGAGAAAACUGUUUUAGAGCAACAAAAAGAAAACAGUUUUACACCUCCAGGACGAGUCUCCGAUGCCCCAAGUGCUGCUGCUGAAGAAGCUCUUGGGAGUGCAGACAUGUUUGAAGACAUGGAUGCAGAUGCAGAUGUAGCAUCUAUCCCCCCAAAACGAAGUUCCUUGCCAAAGUUUACCUCCACACCCUUUGUCGGUAGAAGGCCAGCACAUGCAACGAGAAACCAGGGUGGUGGAUUCAUUAAUGACAGUGACGAAGAGGGUGGUGUUAUCGGCCCGACUGAUGUCAGUCCUGAAAUUUCUCCGAUAAAGGGCAACCCACCCGUUGUGCCAUUCACUCCCGCACCUGCUGGUGGUGGUGGUGGUGACGACGAGGAGGAUAGUUUUAAGUCUGCUCGAGAUUCUCAAGAUUCUGACGUCGAUGAGAUUGGUCCGUCUCAAGAAUGAGCCAGCUAACAGACACCAAAUAAUAUGGCAAUAACGGGACGAUAUGGUUUCUAUCUAUGUAAUAAUCAUAAUCAUAAUAAUGACAUGUUUAUAAAACAAAUCUAUCAUAAAUUCCUUCUUGUCAAAUUGUUCGUUAGAGUUUUAUUGUAUUUAGAUUAAUGUUUUCUUGUAAGAUUCAUGAAUAUUCUCUCUUCUCUCUUUCAUGUCAUUAACCAAGUACAGAUAUUUACGCUUAUACCUCACGUAGCACAAGAUUAGACAAUAUUAACCUAUAAAUAGAUUCGUGACAUUUUGCACUUUUUUAUUGUCUACAAUUCUACAAAUCAACUACGGAGAUUUAAUAAAAGAUGACAGAAGUAUGAAACUAAAAA